UCUCUGCACAGCGGCGAUGCUGGUGCGCGCGCUGCGGCGAGAGCGGAUAAGAGAGAAGAUGCGCUUUCUGCACCUAAAAGCAGCACAACCGGAGAUCCGCUGAGCUCUCUCUCUCUCUCUCUCUCUCUCUCACACACACACACACGCGCGCGCUCUGCUCUGUUAUCGGGACCUGGAGACUAUACUGAGUCGCAGGAUGCUGGCCAACAGCACAUUCCCGCACCUGGACGAGGACUUGUUCUUUAAUUCAUCUGACAACGAAACGCACGGUGAAGCUCAGGGCAGCGCGAUCUUCAUCUCCUUUAUCUACUCUGUCGUGUGCCUGGUCGGACUCUGUGGCAACUCCAUGGUCAUUUAUGUCAUAUUCAGGUAUGCCAAGAUGAAAACUGCAACAAAUAUUUACAUUCUGAACUUGGCGAUUGCGGACGAGCUGCUGAUGCUCAGUGUCCCCUUCUUGGUCACAUCUUCUCUGCUUCGCCACUGGCCGUUCGGCUCGUUCCUGUGCCGUCUGGUUUUAAGCGUGGACGCCAUCAAUAUGUUUACCAGCAUAUACUGCUUAACCGUCCUGAGUAUCGACCGAUACAUCGCCGUAGUGCACCCCAUCAAAGCGGCCCGGUACAGGAGACCUACAAUUGCCAAGAUGGUCAACUUGGGCGUGUGGAUGUUCUCGAUCCUGGUCAUUUUGCCCAUCAUCAUAUUCUCCACUUCUACACCGAACUCGGACGGCUCAGUCGCCUGUAACAUGCAGAUGCCCGAGCCGCAGCGUCGGUGGAUGGCAGUGUUCGUGAUUUACGCCUUUCUCAUGGGCUUCCUGUUCCCGGUGCUUGCCAUAUGCAUGUGUUACGUGCUGAUUAUAGCCAAGCUCAGAGUCGUGGCACUGAAAGCGGGCUGGCAACAGCGCAAAAAGUCCGAGAGGAAGAUCACGCUCAUGGUCAUGAUGGUGGUCACAGUGUUCGUGAUUUGCUGGAUGCCAUUUCACGUCGUGCAGCUCGUGAACGUGUUCGAGGAACGCCACAACGCCACGUUCAGUCAGCUGGCUGUGAUUUUGGGUUAUGCCAACAGUUGCGCCAAUCCCAUCCUCUACGGCUUUCUGUCGGACAAUUUCAAACGCUCCUUCCAGAGGAUUUUAUGCCUCCGGUGGGUAGACAGUGCCGCCGAGGAGCCCAUGGACUACUAUGCCACGGCGCUGAAAAGUCGCGGGUACAGUGUGGAUGAGUUUCAGCCCGACAACAUGGAGUCGGACAGCGCGUACAGGAACGGCACGUGCACGUCCAGAACCACAACACUGUAGCUGCAGUGCUGCACUGGGGUCGCAGCUUGGGGACUUGAACUGAUAAACGCACAAAAGAUGUCGUUACCAUGAUCAUUGACUAUUUAUUUAUUUAUUUAUUUAUUUAGCGUGUGUGCAAGGAUCAGUACCACUUUUGUCACUGUCUGUUUUAUCAAAUAGCUUAAAUCAGGCUAGACACAUCACAGAUGACACUGAAGCAUGGGUGCAGAUCCCGG